UUUGUGACAUGUCAAACUUUUCUGUGUUGUUUUGGAAUUUUGUCCCAAAGUGGCUUUCAUUUGGAAUGGAAACAGUCGCAUUGUUCGGCAUCUAUUGUGCUAAUAACUGAAAUUCUUGAAUAGUUCCUAGAACUGAAACAUGAUUCUGGCAGAAAACCUACAUAAUUACAGUUUGUAGUGUUAAUAACCCAAGAAAGAAACCAAAAUGAAGGAUCAACGUUCCGACUUGUGUUCCAGAUACAUUACUAUAUUUAUUGUGGUUUCUUGUUACUGGGUAGUGUCAAUAGCUACAGUUUUUGUCAAUAAAGCACUACUGAGCAGUCAGGCGGUUGCCUUGGAAGCACCUCUGUUCAUCACAUGGUUCCAAUGUAUUGUGUCAUUCAGUAUAUGCUAUACUUUAAGUCGAUCUGGUGGUAUACCAGGGGUCUUUGCAUUUCCUAAGGGUUCGCCAUGGAAAAUGGAUGUUAUGAGAAAGGUGAUACCACUCUCAAUAAUGUUCACGUUGAUGAUAGCAACAAAUAAUCUGUGUUUGAAGUACGUAGGAGUACCAUUCUACUACGUAGGAAGAUCAUUGACUACAGUAUUUAAUGUAGUAUUCAGCUGGGUGCUGUUAGGACAGAGGACUUCAUAUAGAUGCAUUUUAUGUUGCGGUUUCAUCAUUUUUGGAUUCUACCUUGGGGUAGAUCAGGAGAGUUUAUUAGGUUCAUUCUCUUUAAUAGGCACAAUAUAUGGAGUAAUAGGAUCUCUUAUGCUAUCCCUAUACUCCAUCUACACCAAAAAGGUUUUACCUAGUGUAAACCAAGAAGUUUGGUUGCUAUCCUAUUAUAAUAAUGCCUAUUCAAUACUAUUAUUCCUGCCACUAAUUAUAAUGAAUGGGGAAUUGUCUGUGCUGUGGAAUUAUAGUAAUUUUGACAGCACAUAUUUUUGGAUACAAAUGUUAAUUGGUGGACUGUGUGGCUUUGCCAUUGGUUAUUUCACCUCUUUACAGAUAAAGGUGACCUCCCCUCUCACCCACAACAUCUCGGGAACAGCUAAGGCGUGUGCGCAAACGGUCAUAGCGACCCAGUGGUACAAUGAGAGUAAAAACCUUCUUUGGUGGACCUCAAACAUUAUCGUUCUAGCCAGUAGCGCCCUCUACGCGAGGUUCAAGCAAAUAGAAAUGGAAGAAAGUUCUAGAAAACCAGUGCCUGAAGAAAAACAGAGCUUAGUCGACGACGUUGAAUCACAGUAUCCGAGCCCGGAAGAUACGAAAACUUCUCAGUAAAUAUACCUUUGAUAAAUUCAUUUGCUUUUUAAUAUGCUGCAUUUAAUUUUAUGUGCUGUGACUAAAAACAUUUAUCAUUCAUCGUACCUAGGUAUACGUAUUUCAUUUAUACGCAUUUUGUGUGCGUUCAUCUCUACGUGUUAUUAUUGAUAUAUUUGUUUAGUACUAAGACGUGAGAAAAAUCUUGUGUGUAUUGAAAACAGAAUAGUUCCAGAUCAGCUUAAAAGCUUGACAGCUUAUGUGUUGGUUUUUGGUUAUUAUAACUAUGUAUAUUUUAAAAUUAUUAUUAAAUUAAAUAUUUUAAUAUACUUAGAUUUAGUUCGUAUUAUAUCUGUUAACAUGUGAUCUUAACAAUCUAGAAAGAUAUUGUUUAAUAUUUUUAUAUUUAUGUACCAAAUAUAGAUUAUUGGAUUCAUCAGGAUCUGUUAAAUGAUCGUAUAGUUCUAAGCCAAAUAAUUUGUUCCAAUCAACUGUAAAUAAUGUGUUAUUAAAGGAAACCCAUUCUGUGUACCGAAA